AUGGGGAUGAGAGAGGGCUGGAGUUCCAUAGUUACAGACACAACUACAACAUCAGCCACACUGAGCCCUGCAACAACCACUGCAGCUCCAGAAACAACCACAGAUGUAAAAUCAACUACCACAGUGGUUCCAGCGACGACAGUCUCAACAAGUACAACAGCGUCAACACCGACAACAAGUGCACUUGUAACUACAACUGAUGCACCAGUAACAACUACAACGUCUCCUGUGACUACCACAUUGACAACAACCACAGCUGCACCAGUGUUGACCACAUUUACCACAACAACCAUAGCUGCCACAACAUCCACAGCUGAAAAAACAGACACAACUACAACGGCAUUUACACCAAAGACUACCACAUCUGUCUCAACAACAAGCACAACCUCACCAAUUACCAAAAUUUCCCCAACAAGUUCCAUAGUUACAGACACAACUACAACAUCAGCCACACUGAUCUCAACAACUACAACAGCGUCAACACCGACAAUAAGUGCACUUGUAACUACGACUGAUGCACCAGUAACAACUACAACGUCUCCUGUAACUACCACAUUGACAACAACCACAGCUGCACCAGUGUUGACCACAUUUUCCACAACAACGACAGCUGCCACAACAUCCACAGCUGAAAAAACAGACACAACUACAACAACAGCAUUUGCACCAAGAACUACCACAUCUGUCUCAACAACAAGCACAACUUCACCAAUUACCAAAAUUUCCACAAGUUCCAUAGCUUCAGACACAACUACAACAUCAGCCACACUGAGCCCUGCAACAACCACUGCAGCUCCAGAAACAACCACAGAUUACAACUUCACCAAUUACCAAAAUUUCCACAACAAAUACUAUUGCCACUCACACAACUACAACAUCAGCCACAGUGACACAUUCAACAACCACUGCACCUCCAGAAACAACCGCAGACGUGAAAUCAGCUACCACAGUGGUUCCAGCAACGACAGUCUCAACAAGUACUACAGCAUCAACACCAACAAGUGUACUUCUUCCAGAAUUCCAACUACAGAAGAUAAAACAACAGGUCUUCUACCAAAUGCCACAACUGCUAGCUCCUCCAGAAACAACCACAGCUGUAAAAUCAACUACCACAGUGGUUCCAGCAACAACAGUCUCAACAAGUACUACAGCGCCAACACCGACUACAAGGGCACUUGUAACUACCAUUGUGUCACCACCAAAAACUACAACUUCUCCUGUGACAACAACAUUGACAACAACCACGACUCCAUCAGUAACAGCCAAAACUGCACCAUCAUUGACCACAUUUACCUCAAAAAACCCAGCUGCCCCAGCAAAAUCCACAACUGA